CUGACGAAAUAUCUCAUUGUUUUUCUGAUUUUCUUUACAGGUGAUGUGAGACUUACCGAUGGGGGUGCUCCAAAUCAGGGACGAAUAGAAUAUUAUUUCAAUGAGACUUGGUGGACGCUCUGUUCCAAUUACUUCCAUGGUGACGUACACAAUACAGUGUGUCGAAAGCUUGGUUAUAAUUGGGCAACACAACACUAUCGAGAUAGUGAAUUUGGCGCUGGUAACGUGUCAAUUCUACACACUUCAUUUUACUGCGACUACGGUGCUUCCUCCCUCCUCAACUGCACCCAAGGCCCAUGGUACGAAGAGUGUCACGGUGGGGUGGUAGGAGUUGUUUGUGAUGAGAUGGUAUUUGCAGGUAAAUUAACUACGAAAUAUUUCUUAGAACGUCUCAAAGCUGUUUUUAAAGUAAACGAUGCACUACCUACCCUUGUGUAGUCACAGGUAUCCCAAGCUCACAGGAGUGAGAAUUGCUUUUACGUAAGAUAAACAUAUUAGGGUUUGUAAGGGUUGGUUUGGAGAUUUCAAAGCGAUCGGCGGCGACCGCCAGCGAGUAGCGAAAACAAUGCAUUUCUAAUCAGUUUCUCUUUUUUGGAAGGUUUUGGGCGAAUUAACACAGAAGUGGCUAAAAUGAACUUUUGGGAGGUUGGAAGUAUAAAUUAUCAAAGCAAAGAAUUAAAAGUAACACACACGCAGAGGGAAUAUUUUAUUUUAUUUUUCAAAAAGAGGCAAUUUUUGCCGGUGCAGAUACCUUAAGAUUAAGAGCAUAAUUUGUGACUAAUCGGAUGUAACUAAGCAGGUUUUUGUUUUUCGCGCAUGCGCAUAAGACUGCAUAAGCCAAAACUUGGCCAUUUUGCAAAUCUAUCUCGAUGUUUCUUACUCGCCCUCUUUUUCCCCUUUGCCUUUCUUUUCUACUCCAGGUUUGUUGUUCAUUUAAUCGUCUUUCACUCGCAUGGAAUUCGAUGUCUGGCUUUUUUUCUCUUUGAAACAGAAUAAGCUUAAUAUGCAAAGAAGAGGAGCUAAAAAGCGAAGUUGACAAUGAAUUUCCCCAUAAUGCUACUGUUUGUACAUAAAUCUGUCAGGAUUGAACAGAAUUUCUAAUACGAGGUAUCGGUGGAAAGAUCUAUCACUGCUGUCGCUGCAGCUUGCCAACUUAAUAGCUCAAACUGAAAAACUUAAACUGCUUGGAAGGAAAAUAUGCAUCGUUCUACAUGGAGCGAAAACGAGCUACAGUGUAAGGGGUCGUCAAAUGGUUGGGGAUGAAAAAAAGAAUUAAAAUACAUCAAAACUUCUUACCUUAUCUCCUUAUUUUAUCUACGAGGGGUUUUUGAACAUCGUUGGUCGUUUCAGGGCGAACCCACGGCGAAUUUUAAUUCGCCCACUUGCAAAACCAGCUAAAACCACCUGGAUUCUAAGUUCUCAGAACUGUGUCUUACUAUCUUAUACUAACAAGUUAAAUAAAGCAUGUUUUGGGUAAAAUUUUGAUGCCACUGGAAAAGCGUGACUAAAUCACAAGGACGAAACUGGUACAGCUUAGGUUUGUUUCAUCAAGUAUAUAUCCAGCAACUUUUCUGAUCAGCACUUGAUUCACCUCACGUACCACUACAGCGUCGUUCGUUUCGUUCCUCCAACUGCAGCUCUCACCCUUUCCCUAGGAUGAAAUUGCUUCUGUGGUUCCGCGAAUUUUAACCUCAUCUGAGAGAUGUUUUUCCCGGUAGAACUGUUAUUUCUCGUUGAUCAUUUUGUCCUUACAAGACCCUUACAAGGCGUCAUAUGAAACAAUCAACGAUAACAAUGCUAAACAAUACCUAUUGUCCUCGAAUUUAGGUGACCUUAUAUUGAUACUAUUACAGUAUUGCAAAUUUUAAAGGAAAUGAAUAAUUUUUACCAGCAUGGUACGUUUCUUUCCACCACAAUUUAACCCCCAUUUUCUUCAUUAAAAUUUCUUAGAAUGCUAUGCUAACCUGACAGACAUAUCAGGACAGCUGGUUUUCAAGAGGGGUCCGAAACCUCAAGAGACUUUGUGCAAAUGGACAAUACAAAAUCCUAACGGAUAUCAAGUCAUUGUAAAUCUUCAGCGCUUCAGGGAACAUUGCGGGUGAGUUUUCUGGUGCCCCUUCUGUCCUUGGUUUGUUCGUGUUACUGUACUUAUACAGUUAUUAUUUAGAAUAGUUUGGCUUUAUUAAAGCUGACCUUGCAUAAAGUAUAUAUUACUUACAAAAUGAUUACACUUUUUACUUUUCGCAGAACCCCUGAGGUAAAAAUCUGGAACGAAUGGAAUGAGAUAGAAAACAGACAUAACUGUCAGCACUUAAAGACUCCUGUCCUGUGGUUCUUUUCUGCAACGUAUGUCACUGUAGUAGUAAGAAUUUGGGACGAAUAUAACUACGCACUGCCUUUUGUUGCAAGCUAUGUUCUCAUGAAAGGAGACCUAAGCUCAGGUAAGCUGAAGGUUUAGUAAAUCCGGCGUUUGAAUGUUACGUUUGGGUUUUACGGUAGUAGACUAUUAGAUUUUGCCCAUAAAUGAAUAAUCAUAUAUAUANAGCUCUCACCCUUUCCCUAGGAUGAAAUUGCUUCUGUGGUUCCGCGAAUUUUAACCUCAUCUGAGAGAUGUUUUUCCCGGUAGAACUGUUAUUUCUCGUUGAUCAUUUUGUCCUUACAAGACCCUUACAAGGCGUCAUAUGAAACAAUCAACGAUAACAAUGCUAAACAAUACCUAUUGUCCUCGAAUUUAGGUGACCUUAUAUUGAUACUAUUACAGUAUUGCAAAUUUUAAAGGAAAUGAAUAAUUUUUACCAGCAUGGUACGUUUCUUUCCACCACAAUUUAACCCCCAUUUUCUUCAUUAAAAUUUCUUAGAAUGCUAUGCUAACCUGACAGACAUAUCAGGACAGCUGGUUUUCAAGAGGGGUCCGAAACCUCAAGAGACUUUGUGCAAAUGGACAAUACAAAAUCCUAACGGAUAUCAAGUCAUUGUAAAUCUUCAGCGCUUCAGGGAACAUUGCGGGUGAGUUUUCUGGUGCCCCUUCUGUCCUUGGUUUGUUCGUGUUACUGUACUUAUACAGUUAUUAUUUAGAAUAGUUUGGCUUUAUUAAAGCUGACCUUGCAUAAAGUAUAUAUUACUUACAAAAUGAUUACACUUUUUACUUUUCGCAGAACCCCUGAGGUAAAAAUCUGGAACGAAUGGAAUGAGAUAGAAAACAGACAUAACUGUCAGCACUUAAAGACUCCUGUCCUGUGGUUCUUUUCUGCAACGUAUGUCACUGUAGUAGUAAGAAUUUGGGACGAAUAUAACUACGCACUGCCUUUUGUUGCAAGCUAUGUUCUCAUGAAAGGAGACCUAAGCUCAGGUAAGCUGAAGGUUUAGUAAAUCCGGCGUUUGAAUGUUACGUUUGGGUUUUACGGUAGUAGACUAUUAGAUUUUGCCCAUAAAUGAAUAAUCAUAUAUAUAAAUAAAUAAUAAUAUUAUUUGAUGACAUAUAUAAAUAAUGAUAAUAAAAAAAAACAUGCAUACUCGUGAUUGCGCUCAUUUCCCUAUCGACAAUUUGUAAACCUAAACGACACAAAAUCGUGGCAGCGUACAAAAUCGCCUGUUCCAGGCUCUCAGAUAGAAGGAGUAGCGCGUGAGUAAAAGGCAGGCGAAAAUGUUAGCGCAUGAUCAGGGAAACGGGGAGCUGUCUCCAUUUCGCGGACGCGACUAUCUCGGAGCUUGGAAAAGGCUACGUCCAAUUUAUACCUGAUUAUACGUUUUUUUUACCAGUAGACGGUAAAGUAAUCCUAAUGCCCGAUAAAAAUCGAGGGAACUUUUGAAAGAGGUAGUGUCAAGCCACAAAGUGAUCCAAAAGGGUCAGAAACAGUCGCGAGACGUCGUGACAAAAUCAAAAACCGUGCGACUACUUAGGGCUUUGCGUAAGAAGAAGACUGUAAGUGUAACAUCUCACGAUCCGUUUAAAGGGAUUACUUUGUUGGUUUGUCAAUUAUUGAGCCAUAAUUCCAACCUCAUUGCAGCACCAGGCAUUAGUGGCUGGAAUUUCAACAUCCUCAAUGUGACUGAAAAAAGCUUUUACGUCCAAUGGCAAGGGCUAACCAACGAGAUCAGCCAACAGGUGAAAGCGUACAUCAUUCAUGUGAGCUGGUCGAACCACUACGGGGGAUAUGAAACCACAGGAAAAAUUCUGCCUUCAAAUGUCACAUCCGCGAUCAUUGAUGGCCUAGAUGGAUUUUCUGAUUAUACAGUUAUGGUUUUCGCCGUUGAUGAUUUAGGAAAUCCACAUAAAAGUAGCGCUACAAAUGUUAAAACACUGGAAGGAUGUGAGUGCAUAUUUUGUUGGAUUUUAGUUUGGUUAGAGUCUUGCGCGAUGUACUUGUCAGACAACUGCAAAAGAACCCAUGGAUAGAUAAAUAUGCUUUACACAAGAAAUGUUUCCAUUCACUUACAAUAAUCCGAUAACCUAGGCACUUUUUUAGUUAACCUCUCUCGAAAAAACUUUUUACCUCGAGAGUUGGUAAAGUUAAAGAUCUUUCAAUUCCGGAAACGGUCUAUCUUCUACGUUGAUGAGCAAACAUGUACGUUCUCCUUACUUCUGUAUUAAAUCUUGCCAAGAAAGGUUGUAUAUGACAACAAUAUUUCGCGAAAUUAGAUUUAAGUACUUUAAAUUGUCAGCGUUUGUAUUUUUCCUUCAGCUCCUUCUGAAUCACCAUCAGAUGUCCGGAUUGAUUCUAUUACAACAAACAGUGUUCGCAUCCAGUGGCAUCCAAUAUCAGAACAUGCGCACAACGGUCAUUUACUUGGUUAUACUAUUCGCUAUCAUUCCUCUUGUUAUAACAAUGGAGGACGGGAGAACGUCAGUGCGUCAACGACAAGCUACACUCUUUCAGGCCUUCGCACGGGAGCCAGAUAUGAUAUUUGGAUUGCUGGAUACACUUUGGCAGGAAUUGGACAGGAAUCCCACAGGGAUAUUUUUACAUGUAAGAGCUCCAGCACAGCCGAGAUUCUACGGAAAAUUCCGUGGAGAUUGAGGCAGCGUUCACACUUGGUGCCCGAGUACGAAAUUCAACUGGCACUAAUGUGAACAAAUCCAUUUUUCAGGCUGCCAAUUUAAGCCAGAAUUUGUGAAAGGUGUUUUUGGCCGAGUUCAAGGUCGGGACCUUGUGCUCGGGCGCUUAAGUGCGCGCAGGGACCCUUUGUGUACGCAUUUUCUUUCAGGUCUGAGGCAAUCAACUGCUUUGGAAAUACCAGAAACUUCCAGCACGCUCACGUUUUAAAAUGGCUUUUGAUACUGAAUGUGAGGUGGAACAAACAUGCUACACAUAGUCACAUAUCUGGUACUCAAGGGGUGAACACAACACCGGCCAUUAUAUGCCGGUACCAGGGCAUUAGUGCUCAGGCGCCAGACAUGAACAGUCUCUAAGUCAUUGUUGAUACUGAUGAGAUGAAAUUAUUUCAUUUAUUUUGAGAACUACUGCUUAGUAUUAAUCCUUACACAAAUUCGGAGGCGAAAACAUGUCAAAGGAAAUUGACCAAAACUUUGUUUUGGUCAAGUCCGUUCUGUGUUAACUCACAAUUAUAACCGUUGAAAAGUUACCAUAAAUAUUUUUGCAAUCUUUCGAAGGAGCUCGAAUUUACACAUGCCACACUUAUUUUAUUAUUGUUUGAGUGGAACGAAUAUUAUAGGAUACCGGGUAUUCAGACGACUGGAAAUUAGUUGAAACCGCGGUCUUCGAGAUGUCUGGAUAUCCGAUCAAAUAAGGCGUUAAUGCGUCGAUCGAUUCUCAAAUUAAUAGUUCUUUGAAAUAAAGUGAAAGUUUUGAAGUUUAGAAAAUUCUUCUAACUGUUAUUCGUCUUUUAAAAUUCAUUUCCUUGUUGGGCUAUUUUCUUUCUAUAUCAAAUUAUAACUAGAGGUAUAUUAUAAAAAGGAAACACGGGCAACAAUGUAUAAAUCAGGGGCUUAGCUGCGAGUGCGCCAGUACGCCAGCACGCCUGUGCGCCCUUACGUAUAUUAAAGAUUUAAUUUAAAAAAAAGAUAAAUAGGGAGAACAAAGCAGGGGAAAGAGACAGACGGAAAAUAGAGAAUCGAAAGAAUAAUCGCAAAUGCACCUCCGCAUUAAUUUCUGUCAGAUAUUUUUUUUUAUAUCAAAAUGCAGUGUUUUCCCGGAUUUCGCCUCACACGCAAGAGUAAGAGCCAAAAAUGAACGUUACAUGAGGUGGUAUCCGGUGACUGCAUACCUGUGCGGACGCGCUAUGUUUGUUAAGGAGUUGUACUGUGAUCGUUUUGUUAAGAUUAGCUUUUAUUUGAUAUUAGAAGGCACGAUAACUUCGAAUCUUUCUGUGCAAGUCCAUAGAAUGAAUACAAGUGUUGUGCAAAAAAUAGUUUUCAAAGCAGCUAUUAGUGGACGUUACAGUAAGCCAUGUCUGCUGCUAUUAAAUCAUAGUCCUUCGACAAGAGGAAUGAUUACCUCACAAAAUGUACUUUGCUUUAAAGCGUGUGAAGCACAGACAACAUUGACUGACAAUAAUGGCACCAUACAAAGCCCAGGCUAUCCUUGUGAAUAUGGUGGAUUCCAAUAUUGUAACUGGGCAAUCAGACCAAGUGGACCUGCAUCAUCAAUCUUAAUUGAAUUCCAUCAAAUGAGUUUGUCCGUUUACCAUCAUUACCAGUUCUUCUAUUGCAGGUAGGCCAAUUGCAUGUAGUGUCUUAGCGUCUUUGUUUGUUUGUUUUGUUUUUCGCGACUGACUUUUAAAAGAAAACAUAUUGCAGAGAAAAUGCCAUUUACAGUGCAGAUCUCGUCUCAAACGCGCUCUCUUCUCAUAAUAGUGCUGCAGAGAAUUAUAAAACCUCAGAGGCGGAUCCAGGAAAUUCAGAAAGGGGUGGCCGGGACACUUUUCCACUUGUUAGCUAUAUAGAUACUUUUUAUUUUUCUGAGAGUUCUAUAAAAAAUAAUACCUUCUCUUCAAAGAAAAAGGGGUGGCUGCAGCCCCCUCAGCCCACCGCUAAAUCCACCCUUGAACCUUUACCACAAAAAGUCACUAAAUGAUAUGAGAAGUGGGGCUUUUAGAAGGAGGUUCCAAAUUUGGAAAAAAAAAUCAGUUGAGGCGACCAGUAACGAGAGGUGACCAUGGACGCACAUGGAACUCGAGCUCAAUGAUUGUUAACCCUGGUCAAUUGGCAAAACUCCUGGGCCAAUUUCUUAAAACGGUUUCAUUUGUUAUAUUAUGCCCAUUGUUUUAGUAUCUAAAAACAAUAGUUACACUUGUCAAGUACACUUCUUGUAGUUUUAUUAGACUGAACCCUGUAUUGUUUCUCAACGUACUAAUUUAAGCUCCAUUUCUCUUGUCUGAUUUAGGUUGCAAGACUAUCUUGCAUUCUCAUCUGCAGUGAACAAGAAUGCCAGUUUUUUGUGUGAUGGAGAUGUUAAUUACGUUCUUGUAUCAAGUAGUCAGGCUGAUCUUACUUUUUCGGCGCUUCACGACAAACGCUCCUCUGGUUUUAAAGCCACGUAUGAAAUCCUGCAGAGUAAUUUUACAGGUAAUAAUUACAACAGCCUUUCGUUAAGUAGCCUGCAUAACUGGCGCUUUAUGAGCCAAGCGAGGCUUACAUGGAAUUUCGAGGCCGAAUCGCGAGACGAGCACGAAUCGCGAAGCGGGAGGAGCAAUGCAGGCUAUUCGUAAAGCAAUGGUUCCGACAGAUUUUUGGACGAUUGUUCUGAACAUUUUAGGAUCGGUGAUACGACUCAAUGAAUAUUUCGUUGGGGGCAAUGUAAACAUUACUGAGGAAUUCGAAUCCCGGAAAAGAAAAAAAACCUUAGGCUAGCGGAAAAGGACUAGACGUAAUUGUUGCAAAUUUAUCUGUUGAGAAUGAACAGGUAGUCAGAUUUGAGUAAAACUUUUUGUUCCACGUAAGGGAAAUUAAUACAGUCUUGGAUUCUGGAUUCCACGCCAUGGAUUCCGGAUUCCAGGUACUGGAUUUCGGACUUUUUGUCAGUGGGUCCUGGAUUCCGAAUUUAAAUCGCUACUGGGAUUUCGGACUCUUUUAUUCCAAAGCCCAGGAUUCCGAAGCCAGCCGUGGCCAGCCACGGGAAAACCGGGUUUUGCCUUUCUCCAGUCCUGCCGAGCCUUGACUCGACUGACUGAAAAGGGACUGCUCGGAGUCAAAAACAUUUUUAGGAACCCAGAUUUCACAAGAAAAAAUUUCUCCGAUUCUUAUAAUCAUUGCACCAGGGGGGGAAUUAUGACUACGAUGCGAUGAUGAGUCGACCAUGUUGCCGUUUAACAGCCCUGAAAUUGAUGAGAGUCCGGUAGGGACAAUUGCCAAAUUCUGGUAGCGGCGUUCCUUUAGUAGGACUGGCAUGGGCGUGUUUAAUUACGUUUCUUUUCGUUUCUUAUAAACAUUAGCUGAAACUGCGCUCUCUUCAUGGAAUGUCUCUGAAAGAUGGGUAAAAGAACACGAAGCUGAAGUAGAAUGGACAGAAUUUCCUGGACAUGGAGAGUAUAUUGCUCAAUUUGCUCUAAUGGUAAAAGAGCUUAAUAAAGAUAUAUCCAGGCUUUAUCUAGUCUAUCAGCACGACAGGAAUAGACACAUCCAAGAGUUGAUACCAAACCGUGUGUACGUGGUUCAAAUUUUAGCUUUCAAUGGCUCACUCACUGAUGGUCCGUCCUACUCAAGUAAAACGAUCAUUAUUACAACGCCGCCAGGCGGUAAGUUACAAGAAAGUGGUGAAUGCAGUAAAUAACGCAACGAUUUCUUUCUUUGUUUUACACACUUUCCUCGUCACGUCGAAGAAGAACAAUUUACGCUCCUCUUACGAACUACAACAAUCUCGCCUUGAGUAUUAUCUGUUCUUAGUUGUCUCAAUAUGCUUCUAUUUUCGGGCUUUCAGCUCGUUAAAAAAUAACAUUUCUUCUCCUUUGGUAAUGUACCCUUUUGUACUGGGUAUUAUUCGGCUCUUUCGUAUAGGUUUGGGAUAUUCAAAAUUAAAUUCCUCGUGCUAAUACUUCCUCGUAAUAAUACCGACGCUUUAUUGAAAUGAUUACAUUCCUCUUCCAAUUCAAUUAAAAAUACAAAAUACUAAUCAGAUGUUGUUGUCUUUACUAAUAAUACCAUAGGACCAGCAUUUUUGGUUCAUGUCUUAUUAUUGUGUCUCCUUUAGCGCCUAGUGUGUCUCCCGUUUUCCAUCUGCACAAUCUGCAAUCCGGCAAUGCUAUCGUUGUUGUAUGGAGACCGAUUCCGCCAGAACGUCAACAUGGUGUGAUUAAUGGGUAUAACUUGUACUAUAGAGAACGACAUCAUCACGAAGAGAGAAAAAUGAACAUCAGCUCGUCUGAAAAACGAGUGACUCUCUUCGAUUUGCAACCAGUGAAGGAGUACGAGAUUGCAAUUGAGGCCUUUACAUCCAUAGCAGGACCCCGUUCGGAAUGGCAGACCAUCGUAGUUGGUAAGUGGCAGUACUGUCUGUCAAACAUUCCCAUACAAGCAUGAAGAAAUCUAAAAUAAUAAAAAUAUAUAUUAUUUUAUAACAGAACAAGAAUAAAGCACGGCGCAUUCUGAUUGGCCAAUUUCCCAUUUACUAUUUGCCCAUGGGUGAAUGGUGGCCAAAGUUAGCGCGGGCACGUUCUUUUUUCUCUCUAAAAGUCCGGGUGGCCAUGCCAUUUACCGGCAAGACGCGAGAGCUGUUUGAAAUGCAAAAUAUCACCCCGAAGUGGCCUACAAACAUAAACUGUGAAAUGCACCCAGGCAAAGAGUUUCGUGAAUGACAAUGACAUCCAGCUUUUAUAAAACAUUAAAUUUCAUAGGCUAUUGGCUUCUCAAAGGAGUGUGGUGGCGGUGGUUGCGAUCGGACUGAUCGAAUCAAUUGAAUUAUAAUUUUUUCUAUUUGCUUUAAAAUCAGUUGAGUAUAAAUUUUUGGAUUUUUAUAGGUUGAAGCGUAUUCCUUUUUUUUUUUUUUGGUUAUAAGUACUGAAAAGUAUAUACAUAGACGCUUCGCUUUUAGCCUUCGCUAAAUCUAUAUAAUUAUUAACGGUUUAAUAUUGUAUUUUGCUACUGUUAGGUUGUGGAGGGACAUUUAAUCAGUCAUACGGAAUGAUGAACCUAAGUAGAUCGGACUGGGACUGGGACACUCGCGAAUGCUCUUGGACAAUUUACAAUCCUGGAAUAGAAAAUGCAGUCCUUCUAAUGUCCAUAUGGAAAAUAAAGUUCCACAACUGCGGAUACAAGUAAGACAAAUUUCUUUCAAGUUUUAUUUUUAUGCCGUUAUUUAUGAUCAUCAUCAUCAUCAUCAUCAUCAUCAUCAUCAUCAUCAUCAUCAUCAUCAUUCCUUUUGUGUCAGUUCUUUGUCAGUUUGCCAAGUUUAACUUCGCUUUAAAUCAGAGAAAAAUACAAUACAAGUAAAUAAUAAUAAUAAUAAUAAUAAUGAUAAUAAUAAUAAUAAUAAUUACAAACUAAGACGAUUAACUCAAGAUGUUUUUGACUCAGCUUUAUAUAUUUAGUAUACUUUUUUUUUCAACAUAUACAAAAAAAACUUUUACCGAAUAUUUAUACCGUAUACUUAUUUUUGUUGUUGUUUUGUCUUGCUGCUGUCGAUCUAUCAGGAGUUAAUGAUAAGCUGGCAAAAAAUAGUUACAAUAAAAUUAAGGUAAAUAAGAAACAAUUGUUAAUAUUAGCAAAACAACAAAUUUGCACGUGCAUCACGCUUUUUGUGCAUUUCUUUGCCGUUGCUGCACGACUACAACGUGAAAGUGCCUAAUUUCACGUUUUGUCGAGGACGUGAACUACAUGUGACAACGCUUUUAUUUUUCUUUUCCUGAACUUCAACGGCAGUCUUUUAGAAUUUAACUGCAGAUAAUUUGACAACAUUUGACGAAUUGAACGAGUUGGAAUAAGCGCGAUAAUGUUUGAAGUAGCUCGAAUUUACUUUUUAAGUGAUGUUUUCAUAGCCGUCGCCGUCGCCGUCAUUGCUGCUUGAACUCCGUAAUAAUAAUCUAAAGAUACGCCGUUCAUUUAUAGCGACGAAUAUGCUACGAUACUCAAGGGUGACCAGGAGGCUAAAACUCACCGGGGAUGCGAUCCUCUACGCCUGGAUAUGACAACAGUACCGUUCGGAGAUUCAAACUUCCUUAAAGCAGAAGUUCGAAUACAGAAUCCGCAAAGUCGAGUGUGGACUUCUUUCGUAAUUGUCAAAGGAGGCCUUGAAUCAGGUGACUAUAUUAGUGUUUUGGAUACAUUUCUGUUCUUUCCCACAAAUCUGGUAAUGUUUGGGUAUCCCUGAAAAACAAAACACACACACACAAAAAAAAAAAAAAAGUAUACUCUUAAUACUUACCCUUAAGUAAUUGAGCUUUAAAAUACGCUUAUUUCAUGGCGGAGUUUAAGAGUCGUGGCUUUGUUUCUGAAUUUGAAUUUCCUAUAUUUCCAAAACACAGGAGUUUGCAAUUAGUAAUACGUCGUCGUUAUAAGAUAACGACAUUUUUCACAUGCUCCGCUCGCAUGUUUAACUGUGUUGUUCCUCUUUCUUUGUAGCUAUUGAUCCUCCCACGGAGUCUUGGGGUUUAACAGCUGAAGCGAGUGGUAAAAGUCUCCUCGUAAACUGGAGCUCCUUCCCAAAUGAUUUAAACGCCGUGUACUUCAUAGUUUCUCUGAAUCAAACAGAAAUUCAUGAAAAUAAUGAUCAUCAUUAUGACCAUGAAAACUACAAUCCUAUACGCAUGCUCAGGUUUUUUAACGUUUCGGAGACGGAGGUCAACGUAUCAGACAUUCCUGCAGACACAGAGUUCCAAGCUGUCGUCUAUCUCCUGGCCUUAAAUAAUGAUAUCUACAAAAGUGAAAGACUCACCAUUAAAUCUGCUGAGGGUGGUAAGAAAUUAAAGUUUUUUAUACAUUAUUCGAAGCCAAGCGGUUGUCUGCAAAUAGUUGUGGUUGCUGGAAAUCGAUGGAAAUAUCAAAAUGUCGUACCCGUUCGAUUCAUCAAUUAGGCAAUUUCACAAUUCGUUUGGGUGCCAUUAUACCCGAUACUACUGAGUUGUGGAAUAUUUUAGGAGGAGCUACUUACUAUGUGAGCACAGUUACUAACAAGGGAUAGGAAAACAAAGGGAUGGAAAACAGAGAAAAGUAAAUGCAAUACACCAAAUAACAAAUUAAACGCUUAGGGUGUUAAUUACUAUUCAUAUUUGGGCCAUCGUAAGACAUUCCAAUUGCGCACUGAGUCAGCAACUAGUUGUGCAAUGCCAUUAUUGGUUUCGCUCAAUUUAACACUGCAAUAGAUUGUAGAAUAUUUUAGCAUAAGCAACCCACAAUUUGAGUGCAUGCAAUCAGUGACAGGACGUAUUAAUUUCGAACGAAGAGGACAGACGGGUAAUUGUUUUUGCAGGAAAUAUCUAUGAUUAAAUGCAAUUCCAAAAUAGUGUUGUUUCCAUGAGAUCUAAGACCAACUGUAGAACAUAGGGAGAAGAAGGAGGAGGAGCCACCUACAGACAGUGUGAGCAACGUUUCUGACAGGACAUAGGAGUUAGGAGUACAACCCAGAGUAAAUGCAAGAUGUCAAAAAAGAAAGAACUAAACGGGCGACAAUUGUAGUAGGUUCUAAAGGGCUGCAAAGCUAAUGAACUAAACGCAAAGUUCAGCUUAUCAUAAGUACGUAUAUCUGAGAAAGUAUGUUUGCAGACUGCCUUAAGAUAUUUCUUACAGUCUUAGUUUAUUUUUGAUCUUGCUAACUGUCGUAAGACUACUUAACUGAUAGAUUGAUAGAUAUUAGAAAGAGUUUUCGCACACUCUUAAAGUUACAACAAAACUACUUGGAUGAGUCUUGCCACUCUAUUACCAGGAUCGUGUUCUCGAUCCGUAAUUGCUCUGACCAGCUGUGCAUGGUUUGGCAUAAACAAGAAUUGAAGAGCACCUUGUGAUGGCGAAACGACAAGGAAAUGUAACAGCUACGCAGCUCACAGCUUCCCUUUACUUCAGGGGUUUCUUGUUAUAGUAUCUAGCUGUUUCAUUACUUGUAACUCCUCCUUAUUUGUUUAUUUUCUUAUCAAGUACCCAGUGAAGCACCUUAUAUCCACGACUGGAGACAAGACUUUGAUGCACGCAGCAUUUCAUUCCGAUUAGAAUCCAUUGAAGAGAGCAAUCGUGGAGGAAAAAUACUGGGAUAUAAGCUGAGAUAUCAUCGAUUUGGGAGAUCAGGCGAGAUAGUAUACCAGGACUUGGACGUGAACACUGAGCAAGUUACUUUGAAUAAUUUAAUUCCCGGGAAGGUUUACGUUAUUUCCAUUUCAGGAUACACAAGCGCAGGAGAGGGAAAAACCAGAACAGUCUCCGCUGCGUGUAAGUUUGUAACCUCCUUCGCAAGGUCCUUUCUCUCUCGGUGUAGGGAGGUCGAGUAGGAAAGGACGCUGGAAUCGAAGUUGUGCAACUUUGUAGUCUUAUAAAUAACUACGUAGGCAGCUGCUGAGACGAGAAGAGAGGGUCGUCUCUCGUUUUCCAUGUGUACUUCGUAGAGUAGACAAGAGAAAGGAGGAGAAACAAAAAAAAUUAAAGCCCUGAGAAAGAUGAAACACAAGAGGGUUUUGCUUGGCUCAAUUGACAGCCACUGUUCGGGAAAAAGAGCCCGCACUAGUAUCAAAGACCCGGCUCGGGAGAACGGCAGAAACCGAGCCUAAGGUUUUACUUGCGUUAUUAAUGCUAUAUAUACGUAGGUUCCUUAUGUUACUGCUUGUGCUCAUGUGCUUCUUUCAUAUAUGCCUUACUUCUUCUUAUGCAUAUCCUUGCAAAGUAACUUGAACCAAUCCUUACAUUUUCUAUAGCCACCAUUAUCCACCAUGUAAAAAUAACCUAAAUUGCAUUAUUUAUGUUCACAACGUAAGCGCUGCUUCCAAAACAUCCGUAGCGUGUUUUCUUUACGGUUUAGGUCAAAACUAAUAUCAAGUUAAUAAUAAUAAUAAUAAUAAUAAUAAUAAUAACAACAAUAAUAAUAGUUGCGUUCGUAGAACACCAUCAUAAAUUUGUUAGCCAGAAAAAAUUGAGAGUUUUGGCGACGGACUUCCAAAUAACUUCGCCUCUUGAAAGAACGUAGCGCCGCCCUGGGUACGAACGAUACGAUACAAUACACAUGACUUCUUUCGACUACUACUGGAUGACUGUUGAUCAACUUGACUGGAUCGGUAUAACACAUACAGGAAACUUUCAAAGUGUUUCUCGAUCUGUUUUCCUUCUUAUGCUCGAUUCAAGGUUUUCCUGAUGCUAGCGAAGUCGCGAAAAUCAAGUUUUAACGAGAACAUAGGUGAAUUCUGCUCUAUUAUUAUUAUUGUUGCUUUUAUUUUAUGGCGCCUUAGAUUACUUGGAUAUAGUUCGAAUUCAGGCAUAUGCGAUAAAGUGCGUUAAGAGAGCAAAUUUUUGGUGUACACGGCGUACAAAAAAUGUUCUUUCGACUUUCGAAGAUCGUUUAGUUACUUUAAUAAAUUAAGGUUCAUGAAUUGAAGUGUGGAUCUUUCAACCUUGAGUCACAUUUUAAGCCCUUUCGAUGAUUUGAGUAGAUAAUAAAAAACGCAUGCAGCGUUCAAGUUAAAUAACUAUUGCUCGAGCCUUUCCCGAUAACACCGCACUUUAUUUACUUAAGUAAUGAUUUAGAAAUUUAUUAAAAGAACUCUACAAUAGAAGCCUGUAAAAAUCUAUGGUCUGCCCCUCAGGCAAGUUAAGGCAUCGGUUGAAAGGCUAAAAAGACCCCCUCGGCGACUGCAAGGAUCAUUUUUAAUGACGUAGAAGGAUCUAAGUAAAGGGUUCCACAAAGAUAUGAUAAGACAUAUCUUACUAAAAUAGUUUUGGAAAAUUCAUCCCAAGCAUCACGUGACAUUCCUUGGACCAUGACGUCAAAAAACCUGUUUUUUCAAACGGGGUAAGUUGUUACAAAAAUACUUGUCAUCAAAUUGUCAGCGAAACUGUCUAGAUUGUCAAUUAGCCCUGCAAGAUGGAUUGAGUUAUUUAAGUCUUUUAUAAGUCACGUGACAUGUUUUUCAUUAUCUUGUAAUCCUUGCUCCACCUAUGCAUACACGCAGGGCUAUCUAGGCUAUGGGAAAAACACUGGUGCCUAAAAAUAUUUGCCGCUCUUUCAUUUCCUUUCCACCGUUUUAAUUUGAACACUUUGAACGUUAACGUUCAUUUCCAGGUCACGUGACUAAUAUUUCAACAAUGAAUAUGUCACACAUUGUUAAGGCCACCGAGCUAAAACUAUUUGCCAAGUUUCAUGACGACUGAUCAAAACAAUCCGUUUCAAAUGCCACUUUGCCAAAUUAUGCAAAUUAUGAGGUGACCCAUGCCUUAACAUGCCUGAGCCGGAAAUAACUCACUUCGCAUAUCGAACACACCCUUUAAUCUAUGAUUACCCCUAGUUAAUAGUAUAAAAGGGGAAGAGAUAGUACCCACUUACACUCCAUUUUCCACAGGUAAGAUAUAUUUAGAUUCGUUCCCAGACUAUAGACCCCAAGGGGAUUAGGCAACAGCUAAACAAAUGGCACCAAUGUUACGCGUUCACGACCUACGCUCAUAGCUACGCUCCCCUUAUGUUUUAUAAGUUUAUUUACUACCUUUUUUUCCUCAAUUUGUUUUGUCUCUUCACCAAAAGAGACAAGAGAGAUUGAGGAUCAACCUAGAUUAAAUCGAAAUUAACCUGGAAUCAGAUUUGGCUUUUAAAGUUUACACAUAAUCUGUCACGCACCAAAAAAUAAUUAGUUUUUCUACUUGUUUUUUAGUAUGUGGUGGUGUAAUAAAUGCACAGAUGGGAAAUAUUUCAAGUCCUGGCUAUCCUAAUACUCCAUACAGGCCUGAAGACCAACAUGACGACAAUAUCCGCUGUCACUGGAGACUUCGACCUCCGACCGGGUCGUAUAUGAUGGUGACAUUAAAGAACUUCUUUCUUGGCCGCAGAGAAUGGAAUUAUUGCAGGUCAGUGUUUAUGUUCAUGUAAAGCCUUCUUCAAUGUCCCUUGAAGAGAAUGUACCGGAGUAUAAUACAUGGUCAGCCUAUUAAGCAAGUUAUUAAGAAUAACUUUCAUACGGCAACCCUUCAGACCUUAUUACUUUGUUGAACCUUUGUUCUAUUUAUUUAUUUUUUAACCGAUGGCUUAAUGUAUGAAUAAACAAAUAAUUUUACCGCCCUAUUUUUCAGUGGGCAACUUAGAGUACACUUUCCUGAUCGCGACUGGGACGAAAGUAAGAGUAUGGACUUUUGUGGAAAAGAAACGAAUUACUCCAUUCUUAUAAAGAACAGGGAUGUUGAUAUACAAGCCUGGGGAUUCCAUUACCAUCGAUAUGACGACGAGUUUAGAAAAAAUAAUGGUACCAAGUUUCUAGUCGAAUUCAAGGCUUUCUCUGAAGAAGACUUGACAGGUAACGUUUAAUAUACAUUAAAUGCCUUUUCCUUUAACUGUCAGUCCAAUUUUUGACAGCUGUUUGUCAAAAUUUGCGUUCAUUCUAUAAAAAUGUUUUAUUUUUAUUCUUAAUAAUUGAGUUCUUGUAUCAAUUAUACUAAAUUUAGCAUAUUUUAUCAAGUUUAUUAUAACUGUUAUUAGUAGAUACACACUCAGUGAUCUUGGUGAUCCAAGCAAUCCGAUUGGUUCGUUUUUUCGGACUAUGACGUAACAUUUACCUCGCUAGACGAGGUGUUUUGCCAAAGUUUCAGAGUAAGAACUUGUUGAACAUAUAAGAAAAUGCCGAGUGUCGUUGUGUUUGAAGGUAGGAAAAGACUUUAUGGUGUUUUUUUCACUGUUUUGUGAACUCGGGAUUUCCUGGAAAAACGAAUUGAAAUAGAAAUCAAUUUAUGGGGAAAAAAAGGAAAGCAAAAUUUUCGCAAAUUUUAUUGCCAGCAAGUUAACAAGGCAAUGAACACCACAGAUAAACAACGCUCACCUCGAUCGUAGCCGCUGUUGACAGCAUUUGCAAGAAGCGACCAAAAAGAAAAAAACUUACUCACGGUGAGUUGAAAGAAGCAUAAAGCUCCGCGUCUCUUCUAAGUAGUUAUUCAAACUUUGGAUAUUUUCUUUUAAACCACUGAUGCAAAAGCUUACAAAAAGAUUAAGACUAUGAUUUGCCGUGUUUGAAGAUAAUGUAAAGUUCUAACGUUUGCUCAUGUACUGUUUACGGCUAAGUUAACGCAUGAAUUAACUCGGUAUUUCAACUUAAAUCGCUUUUUCAGGUUUCCUUUCUAAUUCUGUCGGGAUCACUUCCUGUGUAUAUAGUAAUUUUAAAAACUUUUUUUUUUUCAAUCUCGGCAAAUAGUGGCCUUAGGAAUAUUUAUCUCGAUUUCAAAGGAUAAUUGUUAAAUGUGUCCAGGUUUUUCAGUGACCAAAAAAACGUGGAUCUUUAAAUAACGGGUUUUGUAGCUGAAAAGGAACAAAUUCAAACUGAAGAGAUGGCGUUUGGCUCAAAUUUCAGUAAUUUUAAAUAUCGUAAAUAUCAAUAAUGUGUAAGCGGAACUAUAUGGUUUUAUCAGACACAUUACCAUUAAGGUGUCCUUCGCUUUAUGGCUACUUUUCAGGAAAAAGAGAUGAAAUUUGGCUUCUGCGAAUAAAUUUAACAACAUGACGCCACAAUGACGUAGAGAGACCGGUCUUAUUGCUGGUUUUCAGUGUCACGCCAUUCAAAAUCGAUUGAAAUCAAAAUCAAAACCGUUCAAUAGUUUAAUGCCAGAAUCUGGGAAAUCAAAGGAGGUAAAUAUACAAAGAGCCUCGCCAAGAUUCGGGUCAGAGGAAUAUUUCUUAUAGAGAUAUCCGAAGAAAUGUUUUACUCAAAUUUAAAGGAAUUUGUAAGGAGACGCCAUGCUGGUGCCCACCUGGAUGGACACCAACAUGGCGGACGGAAACCAACAGAAACAUCUGUUACCGAGUUUUGCUACAAAAACGAGAAUUUAUCCCUCGAGGAACUCAUAAACAUCAAAGUAAUACUGGUUCUAAUACAUUAGCCGUUUAAAUAAAAAAAUUCCCCAAAGUAAGUCACUUUUUUAAACCUACAUUACGGCGCUCUCGGCCGUCAUGUAAAAGCCGCGUCACGCAAAAGCUAAGAAAUUUAUGCGUACUCUAACACAAAACCAAGAACGCUUUUGAAGCAAAAAUUUGUAUGAACGAUAGUUUUCAGCUGCUCUAAUACAUGAUGAAAGUAAAAUCUCAGUAGGAUCGAUAGUUUUGCAGUUUGAAUUUUAGUGACAUCAUGUGAAAACCAACAAUAUGAAACGCGUGCUAAAUGAAUUCAACAACUCGAUUAAUCUAUUCUCCUCUUCCCAUCAGGGUCAGUGUUAGGAGACUGGGAAGUAACAAUAACAAAUAUUACCAAUUCGUCAGCACUCGUGUCGUGGCCCCCGCCCCCGAGUAGCUUUGCGGGUGGAGCCACUGUUGAGGGGUACCUUCUAAUUGGCGAUCAAGCUUCAAGGGAAAUAUACCAUCCAACUUGGUUAUCGGCAUCUCAAAGUGCUCACCUCGUUGAAAACCUGCUUGCGCGAACGAACUAUACUGGUAAAAUCGUGGUCAUUCUAAGUAAUGGAACGCGUGGCAGCACAGACUGGAAAAGUUUUCAAACUAAAGAAGGAAGUGAGUGGUUAAUUUUACAUUAAGAGUUUAUUAAAUUUCAUGCAAUUCAAUUCACUUCGGUGAUUCUUAACCAAUGGACAUUAUUGAGAGGCUAAACAGUCAAGAGCAAAACCUAAACAGCUGUUUAAGAAGUGAUGAAGUGAAAAACCAUCGUUACUUAGUCCUGUACAUGCUACGUGAGAACUUUAAGGCUCAACUAUAUAUACUUUGUCAUAAUAGAGUGAAACGUAAACAUGUGUUAAAGAAUUGAGGUGAAAUAAUAUCUUUUUUCAGUCCUGCUUAGGUUGAAAUUUUACUUCAAGAAUUAAGAAGGCUCAGCAUACACUACUUCGUUAUAAAAGAGUAAAAUGCUCGCAUUUGACUAUUGGUACAUCUAAGUGAUGGGUAUUUAAGAACGAUGGAAUGCAGUUUGAAGAAAAAACAUUAAAAGCUCUUUUAUCCCAGGUCACUUUGGUAUGGGCGUAGCUUGUUAUCUAUUACGUUCCUUUGAUUUGUUUCAAUAUGGUGAUUACCUAUAUAUGAGGUCUCCGUUUAUGACUUGCAUUGUCAAACUUGACCCCACUGUUUUCGGGGAGCCUUUGAUUUUGGAAUAUUUAAAGUAUGAUUUAUCUUCUUGUUGCCAGUUCCAUCUAGGAACCCUCGUAUUUACGAGCGUAAAGCCACCGACUUCAGCACUCUUUGGAUCAGGUGGGAAAAGUUGGAGGAAAGUGCAAGAGGAGGAACUCUUUUAGGAUAUCGAGUCCACGUGGAAGAAAACUACCAUGGCGAUUAUCGACCCAUAAAUUUGUUUUUCAAAGUUGUGACUGUGGGCCCUGAUGAGUUUGAGUAUAACAUAACAGGACUCCCACAGUGGACUGAGUUCCAGGUGUGGGUUACAGCCUACACAGCAGCUGGAGAAGGAAUCCAGCAGAACAAAGAAUGGAUGAGAACAAGUAAGUCAUUAUUUUCGACUUGAAUGCUUCAAAAAUAAAAACAAAUCAAAUUGGUAAAGAACUCUAAAAUAUUUUGUCAGGUUAUUUUUUUACAUUGUCCUCGAUAGCGAUACUGGUUGUUCCUGGCGAUUUAUGGUUCCAGCGCGCUGCACUCUUGGGCAUACAACGCUGUAAAAACACUUUUUGUAAUAUCAUUUUUUACAGUGGGAACCUCAAAUGUUGCUUAUAAUUUGGAUAAUAUAUUACGAAAAGCACAAAAGUGAUUUAUAAUUAACUACUUUGAUAUGGACAUCAUUUUGUAUGUUGCUCCAAAAGACUGAUUGGUCACUAAAUUUACCAGGUAAAUGGAUUUAUUUAUGGUUGUUGAUAUGCAAAGGUCAUGGGGGAAAACUUCAGAAUUUAUUAGUCCCUUUGAAAUUUGUUCACCCACCUGAUAAACUCCUGAAAAACAACAACAACAACAACAACAAGCAAACAGAAACAAAAAAUACACUCAUUCUCAAUUUGCUUUUUGUAAUGGUCAAAACGGGAGCCGCAGUGUUUUAUCAUGGUUACAAAUUUGAGCUCCCACGAAGCGCAAAAUUUUAGAUUUUUUCAAGCCUGGUAGGCAAUUUUUACUUUUCGCUGUAAAUAUUAUAUGUUGAUUCUUGUUUGACACUGUUUUAAAAAAACAAAACAAAAAUGUUUGUAGAAAAUAUUAUAUUCGCUCUUGAUACCUUUUGUUAUAUUACAGAACUAGUUAGUAGACCAUUUUGAUGGUUUCUUUACUUUUCAUCUUAGAAUGCGGUUGGUGGCUGAAUAGCACUACCGAUUUCAUUCGAAGUCCCGGGUAUCCUAACGAAAUGACCUAUUCUGAGUGCGUCUGGUACAUCCAGUCGAGAAACAAAAGUGUCCUGUUGUGGUUUGUUCAUGCUGAUAUUGAGCACGAUUGCGAGUAAGUUAUUUUAAGACGAAAUCCACCAGGAAAUUGAGUAAUUUUAAUUUUCAGUGGACAAAAAUCGUGUACCCGAAUAAUUUAAAGAAUAUUACAUUCUCUUUUACAUUUUUCAAGGGCUAAAGAUGUAAUAAAUCAUCUGUAGUAACACCAAAGAAAAUUUCUAAUGGAAGCCCGAGAAAAUAAAUGUCAAAUUUCACAAGAAUUGUGAUUAUGCCAGGUAAAAAUCUAAAAAUUUCAUGUGUAAUAAGCAAUUUUGUGAAAUUUGACAUUCAUUUUCUAGGGCUUCCAUAACAAUAUUUUUUUGGGUGUUACUACAGAUGAUUUAUUACAUCUUUAGCCCUUAAAAAAUGUAACAAAGAAUGCAAUAUGCUUAAAAUUAUUCUGGUAUAAGAUUUUUGUCCACUGAAAAUCAAAAUUACUCAAUGUCCUGGUGGAUUCUGUCUUAAUAAUUAAGACAAAUGUGUGAGGUUCAGAUUAAUUACACCGAUUUACAUUUUAUUCAUUUAAGUGGUUUCCGAUGUCGUCGUUUUAUGCAUGUCGUUAUCCACCCUGCCAACAGAGCCUUUCUUUGGCUUGCUAAAUUUUGGCGUCCAUGAGCGAGUAAGAUCUUUGUUGAGCAUGCGCAGCACGUUGCUAUGAUAUAGUUUCGAAUCCAGGUCUAAUAGCCGUGUGCUUGCUACAGUGGGCUCGGUUAUGACCAUAGGUAGUUAUUAAUAGUAGGGUGCUUGGAAGAAAAUAAAAUAAAAUAGAUGAAAAAAGAAAGAAGGAAAGAAAACGAGAUUGAUUAGUCUAGAAGUUUGGGCCUCGGCGACCUCAAAGGCUUGACAUGAUUCAAGAAGAGCUGCCUUUUCUCCUCCUUCAAGAAGACAGGAAGACAUAAGGAGGCUUUGCUCGUAGGAUGGUCGUUAUGGAGUCGAUUCAGGUAUUAAAUAAUUUGUCAUAAUUUAUCCGACGCAAUUUUUAAUGACACGGUACUCGAAUUAAUCGAAUGGGUACUUUGCAGUCUUCCAGGAUGUAAAUAGGAUUACAACCGAUAUAAAUACUGCUAGGUCACAUUACAUGCAUGUGUCUGGGAUUACCAAUUAUGGUGUCACUGGCUUCAGUGUUUAAAGGAAUAAAUCACAAAAUGUAAUUCAACGUAUCCGGCAAAAGCAGCCGCUCCUCCUCGCUUCUCGCCGAUGGAGAAGUUUCGCGAGGAGAAAGGAGCGACUCAGUACUUUCGCAGGCUAAAAAACACGAGUCUUUGUUUUUAAUCUACAGGCGCCAUUUUGUGGCUGUUGGAGAUUAUAGUGGAGUUGAACCGAAAAGAUGGUGCGGCGUUACCUUUGAACAUAAACCUGUCCUCAUGCAGGCGCACAGGGUGCCUUUACUCUAUGAGAGUCACAAUCAUAUGAGCGAUCAGAGAAAAGGAUUUGAAUUGGUUUAUAUAGUCUUGAAUGAAUCUACAUGGGAAGGUAUGUGCGCAACCUUUAUUUACUAGAUAUCUUUGGAUGAAACUCCAUGAAAAUUGAAACGUGUAUGGCGGAAUUAAAGGACGGGAAGACAGGUUAUCGCUUACAAAAUGAAAGUUGUCUUCCCUUCAAAAUCCUUUUAGUAUUAUUUUCUAGUUUUCUAUACCUGUCCAAUAUCUAAAAGUUAAUCACAUGACUUUCAAACGAUGAAAAGAACAUGCAACGAACAGGAGACUGAAAAAGAAUCUAAUUCGAAAUGUCCUUUGUGCCCAGAAUACAUUCAAGAAAAUUGACGUUUAUAUAAGAAUACUCAUGGCCGAGGAAAUUCUCUACCAAAUCGUCAUAACGAUUUCGUACUGGUAUUCCAUGAAAUACCCCAUGCAAAGGAACAUUUAUCAUUAGAUGAAGAAUGCUUUGCUUUUUUUAGUAACACAAAUAAUCAGAAACGAUAUAAUCGCACGAUCUGCAUAGUUAAUGGUUAUUUUUAUAUAUAUUUUUAGCUACCCUUGUGCCAAACUGGAGCGUAUUCAACAUCACGAAAAUAGAUCUUGACAAAAUAGUAGUUGAGUGGCAUCAUCAUCCACCAGUGACGUCUCCACUCGAAUUAUUUGCAUAUGCAGUGGUUUGUACACCUACCGAUGGAAAGCUAGGUCCAACCCUCACAACUGUUCGUGGGAAUAUAAACAGAACGGAAGCACAUCGUCUGAGACCUGGAACUAAUUAUUCCGUGGAAAUUGUAGCCUUGAUUUAUAACAAUCAAACCGAGGAGAUCACUUUAAAAAAAAGUCAGAGCGAAGACUUGGAGACUGACGAAGGAGGUAAAACGAUCUUAAUUCUUAGCGUACAGUGUACUUGCAUUGGUAAGGUCACCCUCUUAGUCGUGGCAAAUUUUCGGUUUCUCUACAUAAACACUUCAGUUGCCGAGCCUAAAGAAUAUAUUUUUACAUCAAGGCUUAAAUUUGUAAUAUCUUAAGAAUAUGAUAAGAAUAAGGGUAUUUCAAUUCAAAUUUCUGCAUAGAAGAGUAGCUACAAACGACUUCCUUCUUAAGAUAGGCUAAAAGGAAACAGACUCCUGUUCUUUUUGCGCUGGUUCCCCAGAGACACUUACGCACCUUUUUUGGCACUGUAGAUCAACUCAGACUUUUUGUAAUAAUGUUUCGCAGUGGACCUCCGAAGAGCUUGACUUGACCAACUUGAACAUUACCCCCUUUUCGCCAGCUCUUUGCCUCGGCUUAAUUGACAACAUAUUCAAUCUUCUCCUACACCACUUCCUCCUCAUUGCUAGACAUUAUAUACCUCCUCAUUGCUAGACAUUACAUAUAUAUAUAUAUAUAUAUAUAUAUAUAUAUAGUUGCAAACUACGAAAUACUAUUCCUAUGGUACCAGUGUACAGUCAGUUGGUCAUACGCUCCUAGAAAUUGAGAAACAGUAUUGCGUUUGAUAAUAAUAACUUAGCCUCUUUAAGGAAGAAAUGGGCUACUUUCAAACAAUGCCCCAAAGUGCAAGUGACAAACGGGCAGAUGGGUGAUGGAGGACCAUAAGGCAGGCAGCCUUCUCUUAAUUGUUAAUAUAUAAACUAUAGUAUUUUUGUGGACUUUGUCUUUCUUUUUCUUUUUCUUUCUUUUUUGUAAACGAUAACAGUUACCUGUAAUAAAUUGUAAAUGUAAUGUAUUGUAAUUGUUUGUGUGUGCGAAAUAGUAAAAGAAAAAAAGAAAAAAAAAGAAUAAACCCAAGGCCGAAAAGAAUAUAAUUUUCUGUGCUGAAAAAUCUUGUAACUUAAUCAUGAAAUGAUUUCUUUCUCUUAGCGGCAAAACUAGACACCGAAACGGAAAACAAUGUGCCAUUGCCAUGUUAAUUGCAAUUUAUACCCCAAUACAUUCUAAAACGGAAAAGUCGAAGGCUAGUAUUUAAGAAUAAUACAAGAAUAUUUUCAGCCUAAAAUCGUAUUGAACUAUAAUCUUUUUCCAUUUUAAGCUUAGCCUGACUAUUCUAUGUACCAUAAGGGAGUCAGUAGUUACUGUGUAUUGCCUGCACACUGGCUCCUUGAGAACUUAUCUCCUCCUCAUUUGUUAUUUAAUCUCCAAUCAACCUCAAGUAAACACUUCAAGAGUGUCUUGUUCAUUGUAGUUCCAUCAGAACGUCCCAGUAUAGAAAGGACAAAUACCUACCUCGACGAUUCCACUUUCUUCUAUAUUACGUGGAGGCCAAUUCCUCAUGACAAGUGGAAUGGAAAUCCCCGUGGAUACAAAGUAUUUUAUCGGGCUGGCGAUACAGGAGCAUUUCACACGAAAACUGUCCCACCAGAUGCCCUUGAGGUAAAUAUUACGAUUGAGAGCGACCCAGCACCUUACGAAAUCAGGGUGGCAGCCUUUACCAGAGCUGGAGAUGGACCGAUGAGUGAUCCUCGAGAACGGCGAGGUACCUUUGAAAUUAGCCUUGUUUCAUUUAAAUGAAAUACUUUUGAUUAUAAUUCAUAAUGUUAAACGUAGGCUCGUUCUAGCGAUGCUCACAUGAAGAUUCUAGGUAUUCAACUCUUCAUUUUUCCCAUAAAGCUGAAGAAUUAUUGAUCAUAGAUUUCAAGUGCGCGCAAUUUAGCUGUAGAAAUACUUUACCGUGCUCUUUGAUAACUAGACUUUGUAGAAUGGGUCAACAAUGGGGUGUUGUGAAACAAGUUUCUUGAGACCAAAAUUAGUUAGACUCAUAACAUAUGAGUUAAUGAUUGCGAGUAAGUUAUUUGAAGAAGGAUCCUCCAGGAAAUUGAGUAAUUUUAAUUUUCAGUGGACAAAAAUCGUGUACCCGAAUAAUUUAAAGAAUAUUACAUUCUCUUUUACAUUUUUCAAGGGCUAAAGGUGUAAUAAAUCAUCUGUAGUAACACUAAAGAAAAUUUCUAAUGGGAGUCCGAGAAAAUAAAUGUCAAAUUUCACAAGAAUUGUGAUUAUGCCAGGUAAAAAUCUAAAAAUUUCAUGUGUAAGAAGCAAUUUUGUGAAAUUUGACAUUCAUUUUCUAGGGCUUCCAUGAGAAUAUUUUUUGGGGUGUUACUACAGAUGAUUUAUUACAUCUUUAGCCCUUAAAAAAUGUAAGAAAGAAUGCAAUAUGCUUUAAAUUAUUCUGGUACAAGAUUUUUGUCCACUGAAAAUCAAAAUUACUCAAUGUCCUGGUGGAUUCUGUCUCAAUAAUUAAGACAAAUGUGUGAGGUUCAGAUUAAUUACACCGAUUUACAUUUUAUUCAUUUAAGUUGUUCCCGAUGUCGUCGUUUUAUGCAUGUCGCUAUCCACCCUGCCAACAGAGCCUUUCUUUGGCUUGCUAAAUUUUGGCGUCCAUGAGCGAGUAAGAUCUUCGUUGAGCAUACGCAGCAUGUUGCUAUGAUAUAGUUUCGAAUCCAGGUCUAAUAGCCGUGCGCUUUCUACGGUGGGCUCGGUUAUGACCAUAGGUAGUUAUUAAUAAUAAGAUGCUUGGAAGAAAAAUAAAACAACAUAAAUGACAAAAAGAAAGAAAGAAAGAAAACGAGAUUGAUUAGUCUAGAAGUUUGGGCCUCGGCGACCUCAAAGGUUGGACAUUCAAGCAGAGCUGCCUUUUCUCCUCCUUACUGAAGAAGAAAAAAGAGGCUUUGCUCGUAGGAUGGUCGUUAUGGAGUCGAUUCAGGUAUUACAUAAUUUUUCAUAAUUUAUGCGUCGCAAUUUUGAUGGCACGGUCUUCGAAUUAAUCAAAUGGGUAGUUUGCAGGCUUCCAGGAUGUAAAUAGGAUUACAACCGAUAUAAAUAAUGCUAGGUCACAUUACAUGCAUGUGUCUGGGAUUAUCAAUUAUGGUGUCACUGGCUUCAGUGUUUAAAGAAAUAAAUCAUAAAAAGUAAUUCAACGUAUCCGGCAAAAGCAGCCACUCCUCCUCGUCUCUCGCCAAUGGAGACGUUUCGCGAGGAGAAAGGAGCGGCUCAGUUCUUUCGCAGGCUAAAUUCAAAGAGUCUUGGUUUUUAAUCCACAGGCGCCAUUUUGUGGCUGUUGGAGAUGAUAGUGGUGUUGUACCAAAAAGAUGGUGCGGCGUUACCUUUGAACAUAAACCUGUCCUCGUGCAAGCGCACAGGGUGCCUUUAGUCUAUGAGAGUCACAAUCAUAUCAGCGAUCAGAAAAAAGGAUUUGAAUUGGUUUAUAUAGUGUUAAAUGAAUCUACAUGGGAAGGUAGGCAUAUGCGUAACCUUUAUUUACUAGUUAUCUUAGGGUGCAACUCCAUGAAAAUUGAAACGUGUAUGGGGGAAUAAAAGGACGGGAAGACAGGUUAUCACUUACAAAAUGAGAGUUGUCUCCCCUUCAAAAUCCUUUUUUCGAUAUUUUCCAUACCUGUCCAAGAUCUAAAAGGUAAUCACAUGACUUUCCAACGAUGAAAAGAGCAAGAAGGCGAAUAGGAGAGUUAUAAAGAAUCUAAUUCGAAAUGUCCCGUUUACGAUAUGCCCAGAAUACAUUCAAGAAAAUUGACGUUUAAAAAAGAGUUCUCAUAGCCGAGGAUAUUCCCUACCAAAUCGUGAUAACGAUUUCACACUGGUAUUCCAUAAAAUAUCCCUUGCAAAGGAACGCUUAUCAUUAGAUGAAAAAUGCUUUGCGUUUUUUACUAACACAAAUAAUCAGAAAUGAUAUAAACACACGAUCUGUAUAGUUAAUGGUUAUUUAUAUAUAUAUAUUCUUAGCUACCCGUGUUCCAAACUGGAUCAUAUUUAACAUCACGAAGAUAGAUCUUGACAAGGUAGUAGUUGAGUGGCAUCAUCAUCCACCAGUGACGUAUCCGCUCGAAUUAUUUGCAUAUGCAGUGGUUUGUACACCUACCGAUGGAAAGCUAGGUCCAACCCUCACAACUGUUCGUGGGAAUAUAAACAGAACGGAAGUACAUCGUCUGAGACCCGGAACUAAUUUUUCCGUGGAAAUUGUUGCCUUAAUUUAUAACAAUCAAACGGAGGAGAUCACUUUAGAAAGAAGUCAGAGCGAAGACUUGGAGACUGACGAAGGAGGUAAAACGAUCUUAGUUCAUAGCGUACAGUGUACUUGCAUUGGUAGGGUCACCCUCCUAGUCGGGGCAAAUUUUCCGUUUCUCUAUGUAAACACUUCAGUUGCCGAGCCUAAAUAAUAUAUUUUAUAAGAAUAUCAAGGCUUAAAUUUGCAAUAUCUUAAGAAUAUGAUAAGAAUAAACCCAAGGCUGAAAAGAAUAUAAUUUUGUGUGCUGAAAAAUCGUGUAACUUAAUCGUGAAAUGAUUUCUUUCUCUUAUCGGCAAAACUAGACACCAAAACGGAAAACAACGUGCCAUUGCCAUUAAUUGCAAUUUAUACCACAAUACAUUCUAAAAAGGAAAUUUAAGAAUAAUGCAAGAAUAUUUUCAGCGCAAAAUCGUAAGAAAAAUAAUAAUAUUCAGCCUGGACCGGAAAAACAAAAUUAUUUUAAAAAGAAAAGAGUGUACCAAGUUCAGUUCAGUCAAGGUUGCAUUGCGCCGAGAGUCAUAAUCUGCAAGUCGUUUUUCUUCUUCGUAUUUAGGACACAACAGGGAGGUCGGUCUCCCAGGCUUUCCUAGUGGAGACCACGAGACGAGACCACGAGACAACUUUCAUUGUAUGCAAAUGAGACUCGUGAUGAGCAUAAUUAUGGUUUAUUCUUGGCGAUGAUUGAGAUGAUACACGUAGUUGAUCACGUUCCGUAAUUUUACGUAGCAAUGAUGUAAUCUUUCCCCGAACCAAGACCCUUGAUUUUUGUGUUUUCAUACUCGCGUAUUGAAAAACAAAUUCCCUGAGGAAUACUCGACGGUCGAUAAAGUAGGACGUGAAAAUAUUAUAGCGGAGGAAAUCAUGUUUAGUGGUGUAUUGAGGCAUUGCUUUUCUCAGAAUAUUGACGCAAUUACUGGAACUCUACAGUUAAAUACAUUCGAUAAUGCAGAUUCAGUUUGUUUUAUGUAUUUAACUGAUAGAUUUUCGCAGUUGUUAAGUUGUGAAGUCGCGUUAUACUUUAUAAAUACCUGACAUAUCAACGAUUUAAGCUUCAUCACGCACUCUACUUGCAGCACUCAUCGGCCAAUGGAAAUUACUGAUCUACAGAUUAAAGCAGUCUAUUUAUUUUUGAAGUUCUCUAGUUUGGGAAAUGUGUAUUCUGUUAUUUUUCAUACUGACGUCCUCAUUGAUGUUUCCUUGAUGUCGUAGAUUUGCAGGGUCUCGAUCUUGGCCUCUUGGUAUUGCCUGUUACUGUGGAAGACUGCUUGAAAUUACAGCAUAUUGCCGAGACUUAAUUGGAAAUUCCCACUUUAGAUUUAUAGACUGUAACGAUUGAACAAUAAUCUUUUUCCAUUUUAUGCCUAGCCUGACUAUUCUAUGAACCAUAAGGCAGUCAGUAGUUUACAGUGUAUUGCCUGCACACUGGCUUCCUGAGAAUUUAUCUCCUCCUCAUUUCUUAUCUAAUCUCCAAUCAACCUCGAGUUAACACUUCAAGAGUGUCUUGUUCAUUGUAGUGCCAUCAGAACGCCCCAGUAUAGAAAGGACAAAUACCUACCUCGACGAUUCCACUUUCUUCUAUAUUACGUGGAGGCCAAUUCCUCACGACAAGUGGAACGGCAAUCCCCGUGGAUACAAGGUCUUCUAUCGCGCUGGCGAUACAGGAGCAUUUCACACAAAAUCUGUCCCACCAGAUGCCCUUGAGGCAAAUAUUACGAUUGAGAGCGGCCCAGCACCUUACGAAAUCAGGGUGGCAGCCUUUACCAGAGCUGGAGAUGGACCGAUGAGUGAUCCACGAGAACGGCGAGGUACCUUUGAAAGCAGCCUUGUUUCAUUUAAAUGAAAUGCUUUUGAUUAUGAUCCAUGUUAAACAAAGGCUCGUUCUAGCGAUGCUCACAUGCAGAUUCUAGGUAUUCAACUCUUCCUUUUUCCUAUGAAGCUGAAGAAUCGUUGAUCAUAGAUUUCAAGUGCACGCAAUUUAGCUGUAGAAAUACUUUACCGUGCUCUUUGAUAACUAGACUUUGUAGAAUGGGUCAACAAUGGGGUGUUGUGAAACAAGUUUCUUGAGACCAAAAUUAGUUAGACUCAUAACAUAUGAGUUAAAAGGAAGUCAAAGACAGACCUGCGCAGAUUCCCAAUGUAUUUUUUUUGUGUGGUUACGUCGUAUUAUCAGCUGCCUUCAAGUUAUAUUUUUUCAUCUUAAAGGCAUGUGUUUUAGAGAUCUACCUGUGGGAUAAUUAUAAUCGGAGAUAUUUUCUUUUAACAGGGGCUGAUUUUUUAUUAGACUCCAGUUUGCCAUGAGGGUCUUUUUAAAAUCUUGUACCGCACUGAUUACCAUUAAACUUGUUUCUAUAGAAUUAAUAUCUCAAGGAGCCUUUAUUAACAUUCGUAUAAAAAAUAAGGAAAGAAUGGAGAAAUUUCAGCCAAAAGCUCGCGGCAUAUUUCGAUUACUUAACUGAUUGAUUUUGCAGCAUACCAAGCUGACGUUAUUGGAAGAAUGGGUGUAUUCACAAGUCCUGGGUUCCCACAGACCAUACCUGGAAAUCUGGAGUGUUACUGGGGUUUCCAUCCAGUCUAUGUUCCUCAGCGUUUCCGGAUGGUGGUGGCUUUUGAGGCGGUCUACCUCAGGGAUUCCGAAGGAGCUCCAAACUGCACGUGAGUAGAACUAGUUUUUUAGCCAACUGUUUUUUUUUUCAAAACAACUAGCAAGCUUAUUAGCCUCCAUUGCAGACAUUUUGAGGGCUUUGUCACGCGUUUAAGGCUUUCCCGAGAAGGGGAGGAUUAAGUAACGAUCCAAAAGUUCGUCUGUGCGGGAAGCUAAAAGCUUAUAAAAAGAUAGAAAGCUGAGCAGCAAAUCAUACCCAGAGCACACGUUCUCAAUCCUCCCGUUUUAUCUUUUUUCGUUUGAUUCUAUUUCAGAAAUUUGCAGAAUGAUUGGAUGGGAGUUGCUCGCAUUAACCCUUUGAGGUUCAUAUCUGGCCCGUUCUGUGGAACCUACCGUCCCUUCGCUGUGCUUUCCUGGGAACACACAACCGAUACUCCUUAUAUGGGCUUUUUCACAGGCGAUGGACCAGCUAAUCGAGGCUUCAAUGCCACUUACUUUGUCGUCUUUGAUGUUUCAAAAAUAAGUAAG